AUGGAUUAUUUAGACGGUAGACGUAGAUCAAAAAUCGCUCCGUACUUACAAACUUCACUUGAUGAUGAAAUAAUCUUAUAUCGGCAAGGUGUACCAACCAAGAAUGCUCGUAUCCAAACUUCAUUCGCACCAGAUGAAAACGAUUAUCCUCGACGACAUGUCAAAAGUAAAAAUGCUCGAGUACAAACGAUGUUAACAGCAGCUGAACUUGAUGAUCAAUCAAGCGACUUCCAUCGAUAUUCACGAAAUAGAGAUCGACCCGUUUCAUCUGAUAAACUUGUUGAUGAACAAAGAGAUCAGAUUCAAGCACCACCAAGUCGAGGACAACGAGCGCUUGUCGAUGAACCAGAUGUCGAUCCCAAUAAAAAAGCAACCGAAGAUAGUCCGAAAGACGUAUCAAUUGUAGAAAUGGAGCCAGUAAAUCCUAUUGCUGGAUAUGCCGAAGAGCCUCUUGUAUCCCUUGUCGAAGCAUGUGAACCGCUAACUGAUCUUCUACAUAAUGUGUCAUUCUAUGUUGAAUUAGCAUUGAGUGAAACACCUGCUGUUCCACCGGAUGACUUAACAAUCGAUGAGAGUGCUGCAAUUCGUCUUUACACAAUCGAAUGGGAUCAUCCACAUCGAAGUCUUUAUUCCAUGGUAAAUUUUCAUUUGAAAAAUCUCGAUCGAGAAAAGCUUNUUUCAUCUGAUAAACUUGUUGAUGAACAAAGAGAUCAGAUUCAAGCACCACCAAUUCGAGGACAACGAGCGCUUGUCGAUGAACCAGAUGCAGACCCCAAUAAAAAAGCAACCGAAGAUAGUCCGAAAGACGUAUCAAUUGUAGAAAUGGAGCCAGUAAAUCCUAUUGCUGGAUAUGCUGAAGAGCCUCUUGUAUCCCUUGUUGAAGCAUGUGAACCACUAACUGAUCUUCUGCAUAAUGUGUCAUUCUAUGUUGAAUUAGCAUUGAGUGAAACACCUGAUGCUCCACCAGAUGAUUUAACAAUCGAUGAGAGUGCUGCAAUUCGUCUUUACACAAUCGAAUGGGAUCAUCCACAUCGAAGUCUUUAUUCCAUGGUAAAUUUUCAUUUGAAAAAUCUCGAUCGAGAAAAGCUUUUACCCUAUUACAAAUAUUUGAAAUUGUUCAUAACUGCUCUUGUUAAAUUACCGUGUGUUCCACCGUUGACUGUUUGGAGAGGUGUAACAAAGAACUUAAGUAAAGAUUUCCAACCUGGCACAAGCAUCACGUGGUGGGCAUUUUCGUCAACAACAAGUGAAAUGACUGUACUGGAAAACAAUAUGUAUUUAGGUAACCAAGGUGAUCGAACAUUGUUUUCAGUUGAAGCGAUCAAUGGUCGAACCAUCAAAGCACAUUCACACUUUGUUACAGAAGAUGAAAUUUUACUUUUACCGGGUACUCAUAUGGUCGUUCAGUCACAACUUUCGCCAGCUGCUCAACUUUUUAUUAUUCAUUUGAAGCAAGUUAUUCCGGAAGAGACAUUACUCGAACCACCCUAUCCAGGUGCACAUAUUUAUCCGAAAAUCAGCCGUCCUUGGUAUCGGAAGAAGAAAUUUACGAUUCCGUUCUGUGCGUUGGCCAUUCUAAUCAUCGUUGGGGUUGUUGUGGGUGUUGUACUAGGGACAAAAUCAAAUACUAAAUCAACACUGAUUAAAUGUACAAGUCCAUUUCAAGCGAGUGACUUUUACAACACUGGACAUUCGCCAAAUUCUUUAGUAAUAGGACACUUUACGAAUCUUCAACAACUCGAUAUCGCGGUGUCAAACACGAAAGAUAAUAACGUUGGUCUCUUAGUUGGUGACGGGCGCGGAAGUUUAAAUAUUGCUCGAGGCGACACUAGUACGUCGCCUGUGGCAAUGGCAUCGGGCGAUUAUAAUAAUGAUGGUCUUACGGAUAUAGUCGUAGUAGAUCGUGAUGAUAACACCAUUCGUAUGUUGAUUAACAAUGGAAACGGAGGACUUACGGUGGGAAACGACUAUGACGCAGGGCAAUCACCAUUUUGUAUUGCUGCUAAUGACUUCAAUGGCGAUGAAAAACUGGACGUGAUAGUUCUUGAUCAAUAUGAAAACUAUGCUCGGCUAUUUGUAGGUGCUGGUGAUGGGUCACUUUCACUUUGGAACACAUUUUAUGUGAAUCCUAAUCCAUCAUCGAUAGCAGUAGGUCUCUUUAAUGAUGAUAAUAUAUUAGAUUUGGCAGUAACUAACACGUAUGAUAAUGUUGUGUCAGUUUUGAUUGGUCAGAGAAAUGGUACUUUUCAAUAUCCAGUUACAUAUAGUCUUAGUUAUUCACCGUAUAUGGUCAUAACGGACGAUUUUAAUAAUGAUUCCUUCUUGGACCUUGCUGUGACGAUUCAAGUCGAUGGCACUGUUAACGUCCUACUUGGCAAUAAAAAUGGAACGUUUAAUUAUCCUAAAGCAUCGUACGCAAACUAUUAUCCGUCCUUUUUAGUAUCCGGGUAUUUUGAUAAUGAUACGAAAUUGGAUUUAAUUGUAGCGUCCACAUAUGGUGGAUAUAUCAACGUUUUGUUUGGAAAUAACGAUGGAUCAUUUGGAUAUCCAUAUCAAGGUGGUAGCGGGUACUAUUACUACGGUAGCGGAUCGUAUUCUGGUAGUGGUAGUGGUAGUGGUAGUGGUAGUGGCAGUGGCAGUGGCAGUGGAUCAUCUGGAGAUGGUAGUGGAUCGUCUGGAGAUGGCAGCGGAUCAUCUGGAGAUGGUAGUGGAUCACUUGGCAGUGGUAGCAGGUCAUUUGGAGAUGAUAGUAGAUCAUAUAAAGAUGCAUCUACUACGCCAACAUAUACAUCAAGUGGGACAGUAUAUGUUGGAUAUAACCCAACGGCUGUCGUGGUAACUGAUUUUAAUGAUGAUGGAAAUUCGGAUUUUGUAGUAACCAUCUCUAAUGAAAAUAAGGUGAAGGUCUUUUUUGGUACAGGAUAUGGUGCUUUUACUGAACAGUAUUCUUAUGAUACAGGUUUAUAUCCGUCAUCUGUAAUCUUGGAACCUCUAAACAAAGAUAAGAAACCAGAUUUAGCAGUGAGCAAUCAAUAUGACAACACGAUUAGUAUUUUAUAUAAUUAUGGAGAUGGAGUAUUUCGUGCUCCGUUAACAUAUAGUGUUGGCGUAGCACCAACCUCUCUGGUAACCGCUGAUUUCAAUGGCGACCAAAAAUUAGAUCUAGCGGUAAUUAACACCAAUAGCACCAGUUUCAGUGUUUUAAUCAGCAAUGGAUCAGGUAUAUUUCUCGAUGCUGUCAACUAUUUACUCAAUACUACUCCGAUAGCUAUAGUAACAAGUGAUUUGAACGAUGAUAAUAAACUAGAUAUUGCAGUGAUUAUUGUAGCUGACAAUCACAUCAAAGUAUUUCUAGGUGACGGCACUGGAGUCUUUCACAAAGGAGAUGACAUCGUAGUUGACAGUAGACCGAUAUCUUUCAUAUCCACUGAUUUGAAUGGUGACAAAAACGUCGAUCUGGUGUUUGUUAAUCCAGGUAAUAAUAGUAUCAGCACUUAUCUGAGUGAUGGCCGUGGACAUUUUCAGCACAAGGCGGAUUAUUUCGUUGGUAGAGCACCAUCUUCGACAGUGUCAAGUGACUUGGAUAAUGAUAGUUUCCUCGAUUUAGUAGUUACUAACAAUGGUCGAAAUACUGUAACUAUUCUUUUUGGCAGAGGCGAUGGAACAUUUUCUCAACAACUAAAUCAAACAGUUGGCAAAUAUCCUAGUAAGGCGACAACGGCAGAUUUAGAUAAUGAUGGAUAUUUGGAUGUGAUCACGAUUAAUUACGGUGAUAAUACCAUCAGUGUUCUAUUGGGAAAUGGAAAUCGANAUAGUUUCCUCGAUUUAGUAGUUACUAACAAUGGUCGAAAUACUGUAACUAUUCUUUUUGGCAGAGGCGAUGGAACAUUUUCUCAACAACUAAAUCAAACAGUUGGCAAAUAUCCUAGUAAGGCGGCAACGGCAGAUUUAGAUAAUGAUGGAUAUUUGGAUGUGAUCACGAUUAAUUACGGUGAUAAUACCAUCAGUGUUCUAUUGGGGAAUGGAAAUCGAACGUUUUCGUCGCAGGUUAAAUAUGCAACUGGUGUUCAACCAAGUGAUAUUGGGAUUGGGGAUCUGAAUAAAGACAACAAAAUCGAUGUAAUUGUCACGAAUAGUCAGUCGGAAAAAGUAUCCGUAUUUUUGAACAAAUGUAACAAUAUUAUAGCCACUACCUCAUAA